AUGGCCACCCACCUCGCCGCCGUCUCCCUCGCAAAAGGUGAGCCCUUCGAGCUCCAAACCCGCCCCACGCCGAAACCAGGCCCAGGUGAGCUCCUCAUCGAGGUCAAAUCCGUCGCCCUCAACCCGGCAGACGGCUACAUGCGUGAUCAAGGCCUCUUCAUACCGACCUACCCCACGGUCAUCGGUUUCGACAUCUCGGGGCUAGUCCUUGAGGUCGGCGACAACGUCCCUGCCGGUGCUACCGAUGAAGGUCCGGGCCCUUUUUUCCGACCGGGGAUUACCUGCGUCGCCGCCUACGCCGCCUCUGUCUGGAAGUCCUGUGACCCUGACUACGGCGCCUUUCAGGAGCGGUGCCUCGUCCCCUGGCAGCACGCCCUGCCUCUUCCGGAUGAGGGUAUUUCUUGGAACCAAGCGGCAACUUUGCCCGUUGCGGUUGAGGUACCCCUUAACGCGUGGGAUGCCAUGGGAAUUUCACGGGUGGGAAAAGCCACUGCUUCUUCUUCCGUCUCCGCUACCCCAUUCGGUGUCGACACUAGUGGAGGAACUCAGAAACAUAAGAAACAAAAGAGAGACGCCCUAUUAAUCUGGGGCGCUUCCUCUAGCGUAGGGACGAUGGGCGUGCAAAGCGCCCGGCUGCUGCGGGAAGAUCGCGACUCUUCUUUCGCCGCCGUGUACGCCACGGCCGGUGCGGCGAAUCAGAAGUACAUAGGCUCCUUAGGCGCGGAUCGCGUCUUCAAUUACAAAAAGCCGCAGGUUGUGGAUGCGAUUGUUUCGGCGGCCAGAGAGGACGGCCUAGUGAUUCGGCAUUGCUUUCUUGCCACGGGACAGCUGGCGCCGUGUCAGGCCGUGCUUAACGCUUUCUUCGGGGAUGACCAAGGGAGAGAGAACCAGAAGGCGAAGAUCGGUUCGGCGCCGGUUAUUCCUCCGGAUGCGGAGGAGGUGAAUGGGGUGGAAACCAUCUUUGUGAUGCCGUCGACGGACGAAGGGGAGAGGUUGGCUCAGUUCCGAUACUGGAUGGCAACGUCGAGGGAGAACCUGGCCGACAGGACAAUCAGGCCGAGCCCGGAGCCGAGGGUCGUGGGAAAAGGUUUAGGGGCUAUUAAUGUUGGGCUGGAUGUGCUACGCGGGGGGGUGAGUUGUACGAAGUUGGUUGUUGAAGUUGCGGAGUGA